CUAUCUGUGGUAAAGACAGAAAGAUCUCAACAUGAACGCUCUGGUCAUAGCAUUCUUCGCUACCUUGGCUGUCGCCUCAGCUGCUCCCUCGUGGGGACAUGGAGCCAUCUUGGGUGCCCCUGUAGCCCACGGAGCUGUAUUAGCCGGCCCAGUAGCUCCUGGAGCUGCCAUCGUAGGUCCCCAUGCCCCAGGUGCUGCUGUCAUUGGACCAGUACAAGGAGCAUCCGCUGUUGUUGGACCUACAGCUGGACCUUCUGCCAUCGUUGGACCCGUUAACCAUGGAGCCGCUCUUGUUGGACCCGUAAACCAUGGUGCUGUUUUGACUCCUGCUGUCGCUGCCCCAGCUUUACUCGCUGGUCCCGUUGGUAUUGGUGCCUGGGGAGGUCAUGGUGCCUGGGGAGGUGCUGGUGUCUGGGGUGGAGCCGGAUUAGGUCAUGGUGGUUGGGGAGGCCACUGGUAAACCACCACUUAAAAGAAACA